CCGAUAACAGGAGAGUAGCUUAUAAAAUGUCAACAAACGCACAUGUCAUUUUCGUGAAAAGACCAGGUGUUGAUGGAGCACCAGCAGAUGACAACUUUGGAUUUGAAGAAUGUCCAUUUCCUCCUGACCCAGAGCCAGGAGAGAUCCUCAUUAAAACCCUGUACUUAUCCGUAGACCCUGCUCUGAGAUGCAGAAUGAAUGAGAAGACCGGGGCCGAUUAUCUGACCCCCUGGAAGAUCGGUGAAGAAGCAGGAGGAUUCGGGGGAUUGGGACAAGUCAUUAAGAGUGCUGACCCAGAGUUUUCCCCAGGGGACAUUUUGGAGAGUCAGUUUGGAUGGCCCUGGGUUGCCUACUUUAAACAAAGGCAGAAUAAACAAACCCCACUUAGGAAGCUAGAUACAGCUUUACUUGGAGGAAAUCUUACUUUACCACUCACAGUCCUCGGCAUGAUUGGGUUGACAUCAUAUCUUGGAGUUAAAGAAAAGGGUGGAAUAAAGUUGGGCCACAACCAGGCUAUGGUAGUUAGUGGUGCAGCUGGUGCAUGUGGUUCCAUCGCUGGGCAGCUAGGAAGACUGGAAGGUUGCACCACAGUGGUUGGUAUAUGUGGCUCAGUGGAAAAGUGUAAAGUCUUGACAGAGGAGCUGGGAUUUGAUGCCGCCAUAAACUACAAGACUGAGGAUGUCAAAGAGAAGUUGGCAGAACUCUGUCCAUGUGGAGUAGAUGUUUAUUUUGAUAAUGUAGGAGGGGAGAUUAGCAACACUGUAAUCAAUCAGAUGAACAAGGACUCGAAUGUGAUACUGUGUGGACAGAUAGCAGUAUAUAACCAGGAUUUACCUUAUCCCCCUCCCAUACCAGAGAGCAUCGAAUCCAGGCUGAAAGAGCUUAAUAUCAGCAGGACUAGGUUCCUAGUGCUGAAUUAUGUGGAGAAAUUUGAGGAAUCCUUGAAGAAACUAGCUGAAUUAGUUUUAUCUGGAAAACUGAAGGUAAGGGAGACAACCAUGGAGGGAUUAGAAAAUACAGGAAAAGCCUUUGUUUCUAUGAUGAAUGGAGGAAAUAUUGGUAAACAACUAGUCCAUGUAGCUGACCCCUGACAGCUUAAUGGUGAAGCUGAUGACAUAGUCUACAUAAAGUGAUGGAAUAGUCUGCAGAAUUAAACAUGUGAAUCCAAGGAUGGGUACAUAUAGUGUGUACGUACCAAGGAAUCAAUGUGAUGGAAGUGAUAAGAUUAUAAUUGAUAUCUCGUGCAGGAAUUAGAAAUAUCACAGAAUAUACUGUAUAUGCUUAAUGAACUUCAAGUAAAAGCAUGAAAUAGUGUAAUAGGUAAAUAAAAUUUUAAAUAUCUUUUUAA